AUGAAUUUCAAAACUGUUCCCAUCAUAUUUGUUAAUAAGACGACUGUAUAAUAAGCUAAAGGUCAGUCGUGACAGGCUAAGUGUCUGAUAAUUAAAAAUAAGGGGUAAAGUUUGGAUAUUAGACCAAACUGAUUGCUUAAUAUAAAAUACAAUAAUGAUGCUAAAAGAAAUACUCAAAAAUAAUGGAAAUCCAGGCUUUGCUUUCCAGGUUUCAUCCCACUAGGAGGCAGGAAAGGGUGUAGACAAAAGGAAGUCUGGAAAAAGGUUGUGCAAGAUCAGGACAGUGAGACCAUGGACAUUCCUUUACGAAAUUAAAAAGACAGCUAUGGCAGCUCCAGCUUUUACUGUUUUCACAUUGAACAAACAGGUUUCUCCAAGCUCUGGGAGUCCAACAACUAUCUUCCCUGAUGUCACCACUGACUAUGGAUACGACCCGGAUGGUUUAGAAGAGUAUGGGACCUGCGAUUAUCCAAAAUUUGGGGCUCAAUUCAUUCCGCCUGUGUAUUCCAUGUUCUUCCUCCUGGGGCUGCUGGGAAACUCUCUGGUCAUCUGGGUUGUUAUUUGUGGUGCACGACUCCGCAGCAUGACCGACAUGUGCUUGUUGAACCUGGCCAUUGCUGACCUUCUCCUGGUUUGCUCCCUACCUUUCUUGGCAUACCAAGCCAAGGACCAGUGGCUGUUUGGAGAUGCUAUGUGCAAGAUUGUCCUGGGUGUUUAUCAUAUUGUCUUUUACAGUGGGAUUUUUUUCAUCUGUUUGAUGAGCAUCGACCGCUACUUGGCUAUCGUGCAUGCUGUUUAUGCUAUGAGAGCACGGACAUUGUUCUUCGGAAGGAUUGCAGCUGCUGUUACGUGGACGGCUGGAUUUUUGGCCUCUUUCCCAGAACUGAUCUUCAUCAAACUUAAGAGACCUACAAAUGUAAACAUGUCUUUUUUCUGCUACCCAGCACUUACUGUGGAAGACGAGGAUUUAUCCAGCUCUCACUUCUGGACAACCUUUAGCAUUUUUAAAAUGAACAUAAUGGGUCUGUUUGUCCCCCUUUUCAUCAUGGUUUUCUGCUACUCACAGAUCAUCUGGAAGCUGCUGGACAGCCACUCAUCCAGAAAACAGGCCAUCCGCUUAGUUUACCUAGUGAUGGCUGUUUUUUUCUGCUGUUGGGUUCCCUACAACAUAGCAUCUUUCUUCAAAGGACUGGAGCUCCUUCAUAUCUACACGGAAUGUAAGAGCAGCCAAGCUAUCAGACUGGCUUUGCAAGUCACUGAAGUCAUCGCCUACUCUCACAGCUGUCUUAAUCCCAUUUUAUAUGUGUUUGCUGGGGAAAAGUUCAGGAAGCAGCUGUUGAGAUUGGUAUACAGAACUCCCUGUGUCCUGUGUCAGGCCAUCAAGGUCUACAUACCACAGAACAGAGUCUUUGGAUCAACGUACUCACAAAAUACUAGCGUGGACGAGAGGAGCACCGCUGUGUAAAGUGUGUUCUGUCAUACUAUCAAACAGAUAAAUCAAGUUUUUUUUACAGAUCACUUAUUAUGUUUUUCUAUAGUGCUAUGUACUAAAUACAUGUACUUUAUGUAAAGGUUUCAGAUUCUCUGAAUAAUUUUAGCAACCAUAUUUUGUGAAGUACAAAUCACAUUUUUUCCCAGUAAUAAAUCGCAACAACCACUAGAGGGCAUUCUACGCGUAUGUAUAAGUAUUUGCUACAAACUGAUACGUGGAAGAAGAAGCACCACUUAGCCUCACACCGGUCGGUCCCAAAGUGGCACGUGUAAUGAAAAAUUCAACAGAUUUAGUGAGUGAUAUGAAGACUUUAGUUGACUGUUAGCAUGUUAAAAUGCAAUGGUUUUCUGAACAAUUGUACAUAUGUUGUGCUGAAAUAAUAGAUUCCUUCCAUGUUUCAUGAGGCUAAUCGUGGGGCUGGUUUUUAAAAUUCAUUUUGUGGUACAAGCACCAAAUUUAGCAUGAAUGUACCUUAGCAUCCUGUCUUUCAGAAUCCAAGAUUUUAAAUUCUAUACAUAUUUAUAUAAUGGUAUCCUCUAGCUACUACAUCUAGAGUUCUCUAGCCAUCCCUCGAGUUUAACUCUUAUUUUGUGCUCUGGUCAAAAUUGACCCAUUUCGAAGGGUGAAAAUGGAUCAAUGGUUUGACCAGAACACAAUCUAAGGGUUAAAAACAGCAUUUUGUGCAUGAACGGCCCAUAUUGUUGAGGAAAUAGACAACAAAUAGCCUAUCUUUGCAACAAUGGUGUGUAUGGCUGCCAUCUUUACAAAUGGCUGCCAUUUUGGAUUUUUCUUGUUCCUAACACACAAUCUUGAAAGAGGGUAUCCUAAGGUACAUCCAUGGCAAAUUUGGUGCUUGUACUGCAAAAUGCACUAUUUGUCUGAAAUAUUAACAGGCUCUACUAAAAUAAACAUCAGUGUGUUACAGUGGUGAAGCAUUCAUAUAUUAAGUUAGUUAUUGUUGUCUGUUCCAAUAUUAUGAUUUGCCUUUCAAGAUGAAUUCUUGUUUCUAUAGUUUAUUAGAUACAUUUCCCCCCAAAUUUUUUCUUCUGUAUUAGGUUGUUUUUUUUUUGCUACUGCCACCUAUUCUUCGGAGCGAUUUAUAGUCUGAAAAAUAUGGUGCGUACUGUUCCAUAUUGCAUUCAACAAUUAUAGAAUCAUACUGUGUGAAAUUAAAGGCCACCUAAGUUGCUUAUCAGUUGAACGUAUCAAAACAGACAGAGAUUACAUCAGUGAUGAGUUAAGUUUGACUGUCUCCCCAUCCGUAAAUUUAUUCUGAAACUGUGCCACCAAAGCACCAAUCAAAUUUAAUCCAGAUCAGAUUUUUUCCAGAUUAGUGUUUGUCUACCCACAAACAUUUGUGGUCAUCCUAGCAUUUUGUAUCAGAUAUAUUUUUCUAUUAUAUUUAAAACAUAGCGUACCUAUUAUAAGUCACCAUAAAUAUGACCAUGCCUCUACCGAGUUUGCAUCAGAUGUUUGAAUGAUGAAAGAAGGCUACAGGGUUUACAUAGUUCUGGAAGCUUCAUUUGAGUUUUUGCACCCGGCCACAACAUCAAGACAACCACAUCUUGAAAGAGGAAGCACAUAACCAAGGUGUCAGUUAAACCUUAGCUGCCUGGAAACAUAGGUAGCAAACUAUCUCUGCAAGGUUUUUAGUCUUAACUGUGAAUACUUUUGAAGCAUCAUUUCAUUUUUUGUCCUGUAAACUGGUUGGAUGGAUAAAGUGUUUUAAAAUACUGGAUGUUAGACUUUGUGUUUUAUUGCUGUUGAAUUUUUUUUUUUAAAAACUGAAGAUUAAAAAAAAAAAAAAAAAAAAAAAGGCUUUGAUGCCCUGACAAGUUUACAGCUAGUAUUAAUGGUUUAAGGUGGUAUUUUAGCCUGUUGAUCACAACCCAAACCUAUCCGCCGCUGCUAGCAGGCAUUUCCUGUUAGCAGCUUUUUAGGGCAAAAUGUACUGUGGUUGUUUACACUCUGUUCAACUUUUGUUUUCAAUAGAAUCUACUAAGUGUACUGUAACCCAAAAUGUGAUACCAUUGUUUUGUUGGUUGAAAAUGACCCAAGCAAAAUGUAUUUUGUUUUUUAUAUGGAUGAAGAUUUUUUUUUGUCUGGGUUUUAUGUAUCUUAAUGUAAAAAUUGUAUAAAAAUUAGCUUUAAUUUGCAUCAAUAAAUGUACACUUUCCCCCCCCAAAAUGUGCUUACUUUUUAUGCAAAGAUCAUGAUUGCGUCUUCUAAAUGAGAUCGUCUUUUUCAGUUUGAGAAAUUAUUUGGAAAGGGGAAACAUUAUUGUAAUAAAAAAACAAAUGGUGCAAUUUUCGACAAAAGUUGGUGUUUUUUAUCUUGAGGGGAACAGACUGUCUAAAUGACGUGUCUCCAAGGAACACCAUCACUGCGGGCGAAGGCGGAUAUCUGUCUGUGACCUAAAUACUCACGUAAUCUUUGUAGAUCAACACACCGCAUUGCCUCCCAUUGAGACUUUCUUUUUCUUUAAGAAAGGCUUAUCUCUUUACAUGCAAAUUUCACAAUUAUUCAUACUUGAUCACAAAGGAGCUGAGAUAUCAACACUAAAUAUAACUUACAUUUCUGAUAAUAAUCCGUCUAGAUAGUGAAAGCAUUCAACCUUUCAGGUGGUGAUGAGUCUACCUCAUGCAGGUGAGACAACAAGGAAGUGGUGUUGUCAAAGCACAUUUUAGGUGUGCUCAGGCAUCAGCUUCCCACACAUGAAUCUUUUUGAACUACAAAAAAGAGAUAACAGCAGAGUUUCCCCGUCUUUUGUGUUCUGUCUGAUGAGAGUUUCAUCUCACAGUAGGUGGUAGGACUAGAUCAGCACAAGAACAUAUUCAUAUUUUCAAAGUUACUGACAAAAAAAAAUGAUGCAACUGCCUUUUGGUGCUUUCAGUUUGAGUACAUUAAAAUUACUAAAAUAAGCCAAUUAAAAAAUAUAUUUAUAUAUUUAUUUGAUCAUGAGUGUUGCUCCUAUCAUCUGUUGAUCGAUUUUAAAGUCGUUCCCAGUGUUUUUUUUUUUAAAUUUAGUUUACUAGGACAGUUUCUGCAGAGAAGCAAGAGUUCAACUCUGCCUUUGAGUCGUGGGUGGGACCAUUGCAGCGGAGUUCCCACCAUCCCUUUGUUUACACCCUCCUGCUAGCUUACAGCCCCUCACAACCCCAACCUAACAUUAGCAAUACAACAGAAAUGCUGAGCAACAGUGGAGCUGUUCAGCCGUACAAUUUUGAACUACUCAGAUGAAAAAAUGAGGAGAUACAUGGAUCUAUUUGUCUACAAGUGGAUGUAUCAGAAUGGAGUAGAACAUACAGGCUUAUAUUGGCCUUUAUCAAACUGUCUUUUUUUUGUCUGCUCCUGAUUCAUAAGGAUUUGAGUAAAAAAACUCAUAAAUGCCACUUUAAUCGUAAAUUUCUUCAUAUGUGUCUUCCAAAAAUGCCAGAAUAACAUGUUAAAAACACCAAAAAAACACAAUUUUCAUUGGGGGGAGUCUUAAAACUUCUGAAGUAGCCAAAAGUACUUCCUCACUGCUGUUGACGUGCAAAUUAACAUCAAAGUACACGAGUCUAUCGUCAGUGUGAAGUUAUGCAAUUUUGACCAAAAAAAACAAAAACAAAAA